UUCCCGGCGGCCCUCGGGGCGGGCGGGCUGCAGUAGCGGCGGCUUUUCGACGCUGAGAGCUCGCUAGCUCGCUCGCUGGGCGGGCGGGCGGCGCGAUGUCUGGGGAGGACGGCCCGACGGCAGGCCCGGGAGCGGCGGCAGCAGCCGCCCGGGAGCGGCGGCAGGAGCAGCUUCGGCAGUGGGGAGUGCGGGCGAGCGCCGAGCAGGGCCCCGGGGAGCGGCGUGCCCGUACCGUCCGCUUCGAGAGGGCCGCCGAGUUCCUGGCGGCCUGUGCAGGCGGAGACCUGGACGAGGCGCGCCUGAUGCUGCGGGCGGCGGAUCCCGGCCCCGGCGUGGAGUCCGACCCCGCCGCCUCGCCGCCCGCCCGCGCCGUGCUCGACUCCACCAACGCCGACGGCAUCAGCGCCCUGCAUCAGGCCUGCAUCGAUGAGAACCUGGAGGUGGUGCGCUUCCUGGUGGAGCAGGGUGCCACUGUGAACCAGGCAGACAACGAAGGCUGGACACCCCUGCAUGUAGCUGCCUCCUGUGGGUACCUGGACAUUGCCAGGUACCUCCUGAGCCAUGGGGCCAACAUCGCCGCUGUCAACAGUGAUGGGGACCUGCCCCUGGACCUGGCCGAGUCAGAUGCCAUGGAGGGGCUGCUGAAGGCAGAGAUUGCCCAACGAGGUGUGGAUGUGGAGGCAGCCAAGCGGGCUGAGGAAGAGUUGCUGCUUCAUGACACCAGGUGCUGGCUGAAUGGGGGUGCCAUGCCAGAGGCCCGGCACCCCCGCACUGGGGCCUCUGCCCUGCAUGUGGCCGCUGCCAAGGGCUACAUUGAGGUGAUGAGGCUGCUCCUCCAAGCUGGCUAUGACCCAGAGCUUCGGGAUGGAGAUGGCUGGACCCCCCUGCACGCAGCAGCCCACUGGGGUGUGGAGGAUGCUUGCCGCCUGCUGGCUGAGCAUGGUGGAGGCAUGGACUCGCUGACCCACGCGGGUCAGCGUCCUUGUGACCUGGCUGACGAGGAAGUACUGAGCCUAUUGGAAGAAUUGGCCCGGAAACAGGAGGAUCUUCGGAACCAAAAGGAUGCCUCUCAGAGCAGAGGCCAAGAGUCCCAGGGACCCUCCAGCAGCAGACACAGGAGGAGCUCUGUGUGUCGCCUGAGCAGCCGUGAGAAGAUCUCCCUCCAGGAUUUGUCUAAGGAGCGCCGGCCUGGUGGGGCAGGGGAGCUCUCCAUUCGGGAUGAGGAUGAGGGAGAAGAAGGCCCCACAGAACAACUCCAUACAGAACUGAGAGCCCUCAAUGGAGUUUCUUCCCUGCCGUCCCCUGGCCCUAAGAGCUCAGUGCUGCCAGAAGAGGCCUCCCUCUCCAGGCGGUUUGGCCUCCAGAAGACAGGCAGCUCUGGUUCCCUCGGUCCCCCAGAAAGGCGGGGGGCUGAAGGAGCUUCUGAAGCUGGGCUGCAGCGUUCAGCUUCCUCCUCUCGGCUGGAAGGGACCUCCAGUCAGGUGGGUGGGGUGAGUUGGCAGGGCCUAGUCCCUGCCUUGAGGUGGAGAAUAUCCUUUCCUACUCUUCUCUCCCUGCAGGCCAAGGAACCCCGUCUUGCCAGAAUUACCCCUACCCUCUCCCGGAGGGUGCCAGAGCCCUCUGCCCUGUCUGAGAUGGCCAAGCCUCCUCCCCUGGAGAGCUCCACUCCUCCGUUCAGGAAGGAGCCUGGAUCCCCAGUGAAGCUAAAUGUCCCCACAGCCUCUGCUGCAUCCCUAGCAGACUCCCGAGACCGUCGGAGGUCCUACCAGAUGCCCGUGCGGGAUGAGGAGUCUGAAUCCCAGCGGAAAGCUCGCUCCCGCCUCAUGCGCCAGUCUCGGAGGUCCACACAGGGUGUGACUCUGACAGACCUGAAGGAAGCAGAGAAGGCUGCAGGAAAGGCCCCAGAGCAAGAGAAGUUGUCCCUGGUGAGCCUGGACCCUUCUAGGAGGCCUCGUGUCCCUGGAGUGGAGAACUCUGAGGGCCCUGCCCAGAGAGCAGAGGCGCCCGAUGGGCAGGGCCAGGGACCACAGGUGUCCAGAGAGCACCGCAAGAUUGGCAAGGAGCGUAGGGGGCCUGCAGAGGGUGAGGAGGCGGAGCCAGCAGACUGCAGCCCUGAAUGCAGCACUUCUGAUGGUGGUCCCUUGGCCCGCAGGCAGCGAUCACAGCGGGACCUCUGCCUAGAACCUGAGCCAGAACCCGAACAGCCCGAUGGGGGCUUCAGGAAGCUGUAUGCAGAGCUGCGCAAAGAGAAUGAGCGGCUUCGUGAGGCUCUGACGGAAACCACGCUGAAGCUGGCGCAACUCAAGGUGGAGCUUGAGCGGGCCACACAGCGGCAGGAACGCUUCGCUGAAAGGCCUGCCCUCCUGGAGCUAGAGAGAUUUGAGCGCAGGGCCCUGGAGCGCAAGGCAGCAGAGCUGGAGGAGGAGUUGAAGGCCCUGUCUGACCUCCGGGCUGACAACCAGCGGCUCAAGGAUGAGAAUGCAGCGCUGAUCCGUGUCAUCAGCAAACUAUCCAAGUGACUCUGCAGGAGUCCCCGCACCCGUAUUUAUACAGCUGCUUCUGACACACGCACCCCUUCCCCCAUGUGAACGAGUGACAGGGUUCUGGGGGAAGUCGCUGAGAAGCCAUAACCACCUCUUGGGACCUCAGGAUCUGGAAGGAAGCAGAGUCCCCUGGAUCCAAUGGGGCCUCUGAGGCCAGGAAGGAGGUGGGAGGCAGAGCCAGGUAGGGGGAUGUUGCCAAGGGGACCAGGGAUGGAGAUGGGACCAGGAAGGAAGCAAGGACCAAGAAGUGCAAGGAUCAAUAGCCAGGACCAGAGUACUGCCCUGGGGGGUCCCACCUCACAUGUGAUACCACCCCAGCACCGUUCCCCUCCUGAGCAGAGCUCCAGGAUGUGCCAAGAGUCCCGCCGGCCUCUGCCAGGUGGGCCUGUAUAUAGGGUCCAUGUGCAAUAGGGAGGAAUGUCUUCUAUUUUUUGCUGCCCCCUCCCCACCCAUUGUCUGAGGAGGGGGGAAGGUAUUUUCGAGGUAAAGCACAGGCGCCACAAAUAAAAGUCAUGACAUUGCCACUCAGUGACAUCAUCCCCAGCCAGGGGUGGGGUGCUGUUUCUUUGAUUCUCAGCUUGUGUGUGUCCGUGACCAAACUACUGGGCCGUCUGGGAGGGGUGAAGGAGUUUGCUUACAGGUAGGGGGCAGGGGCUUUGGAACAAGCAACCAGUUGGAGCAAAGGCCCACAGCCAGGCUGAAGCGAUCACAGGGGAGGUAGGAGGGUCAGCUGGACAGGACUAUUGGACCAUGGGGGCUGUGAAUAUGGGGCAGGGGAGUCAAUUGCUGACAUUUAACAUUUGGGAUAAUUUGCAUGAAAGAUCUGGAGCUUGGCUUUUGGAAACAGGAAGCUGUGGCAAUAGGAGGGCUUCAGUUCUGCAUGGCAGCAGUGGCUGGAGUAGAGCAGGAGGAGCAGUCAUCGCUCACCCAUUCAGUAGUUGUGGACGUACUCCACAGCCAGGUCCUGGUCCACCUACUGCUGUUUUGUAGGGAUCAAGAUGGACCCAGAUCUAGUGCACUCUAGGAGGGGAUGCAGCCAGUGACACAUUUCAGGUGGUAGUGCUAUGGGAGAAGCAGCAGAGAAAGGGGAUAGGGAGGUGUGUGUGUGUGUGUGUGUGUGUGUGUGUGUGUGUGUAUACAUGUGUGCAUGCACAUGUGUGUAUUUUGUGCAGGAUGGUCUGAGACAGGUAGGCCUCAAGGAAAAGCUGGUACAGGCAGAUAUUUGAAUGACAGGGAGUGAGGGAAGUCCUUUGGAUGGUGAGAACUGCAUAUGCAAAGGCUGUGGGGCAGAAGUGGGCCUGACAUUGAGGUGCAGUAGGAAGCCAUACUGGCUGGAAGGAAGUAACAGGGGAUGAAGUUAAAUAAGUGACAGCUGCUGUGUAGGAACUGGAGCUCUGAGGCUUGAUUACCAGGCCUUCAUCUGACUUGGGUUUUAACAGUAUCCUCUGGCUGCUGCACUGAGAAUAGACUGGGAGUAGCAGGUGAUGGAUAGACUGACCAGCUAAGGGUGAGAUCCCAGUAAGAGAUUGUGGCUCAGACUUGUGAGCCACAAUGGAGAGGUGAGAAGAGGUCAGACCCAGGAACACUGGGAUGUUUCCAUGGCUUGUGUGUUCAUUAGGUCACUCAUCUGUGCCUGGACUAUGGCAGCCAGAGAGGCUUGUUGGGGAGGCAGAGCAUUGGAACCGCUUGCAUUUCUGCUUUUUCUACUGGAAAUGAGGGGUAGCAGCUGGGCAUGAUGGGACAUGCCUUCAAAUCCCAGCACUGGGAAGGCCAAGGCAGGGGGAUUGCCAAGUGGAGGCCAACCUAGGCUACACGGCGAGACCCCCAAAACUAAACGAGGAUGUGAGGGGUGGCACCCCAGGCAAUGAUUGAAUACCACAAAGCCAGGGUACUCCAGGAAGCAGAUGGCUGGAGCCUGGCAGUCACAGGCCAUCAACUGCUGUGCUGGAGCUUAGAUUUCGUCUCAUGGGUCACAGGAAGUCAAGAGACAUGGGCACUGAUGUGAGAAGGAGUCCUGGAGAUCUGUGGCCCGGGUGUCAGAGGGAAAGGGAAAUGCAUCAAUGUGGGGACUGAAUGAGGCUCCUGUCUGUCCCAGGCUGUUUCUGAUUCUGUCUGAUCUUGGGAGAGUGCCAUCUGGUGGCACAGGUAAAAAACAGCGCCAAGAGGUGCUGGAGACUCUUGAUGCUGGUGGGGCCUGGGCGGUGGGUGCUACCAGGAUGCACCCAGGAGGGGCCACGACAGGGAGAGCAAGGGCCAUUCUUCCUUAAGUUGGAGGACCGAAAAAGGGUGGGAUCCAGAGAUAACCAGCCCUCACCAGCCACCCGGAUAUGACAAGUCGUUGGGCUUGCCAGAGGGAAAAGGAGCUAGUAGUUCUUGAGGGGGCAGGAAGUUUACAGGUAGUAUUUCAUAGGGCUAGCAGCCCGCGGCAUGCUUAGGAGGCAGCCAGUUGUCCAUGGCUAGACCUCUGGUAGAAGGUUGGGAUAAGACAGAAGUGGGUGCUGGGAUAGUAGACUGGAAGAUGAGGACAGGGCUCCCCAGAGUGGGUAUUUGAGCUGGGCCAGGAAGACUGAAUAGGAAUUCAUCAGGCAGAGAAAAGCUGUUCCCACCAGCAGAAGCAGCAGGUGCGUAGUCCCUCGGCUAAAUGAAGGGUUCAGAGUGGAGAAGAGCAGGACCGUAAUGCGGGGGGAAUAAGGUGGUGAGCGAUGGGGCAAGAGAGGCUGGGAGGCAAACAUUCCAGGACCCAAAGCAAGGCUAUGGGUGGCUAAGGGAGCAUUGAGAAGCCAGGAAGGGAUGCACAGAAGAGCAGGCUGAGCUGGAGGACAGAAUG